AUGGUGGCGCGUACCUGUAUUUUGUGUAGUUGCUGGAUGAUAUUAUUCGAACAUUUUUGUCUGACUUUUCCAUUCUGCUUUUUGCUUGUAGAAACAAAAGUUGUAAUAGGUGAAUUAACAACAACAGAGAACUGGAAAUUUCUCACUCGAUUUUGCUUCCUGUCAAAACAUGGAAGGUUUUCUUAUAACUUGGAAUAUCCAGUGGGUUAUGAAGUUCAGAAUAUUCUGUUGUAUUAUGACUCAAGUAAUCAGUGGCCUUCUGUCUAUAAAAAUGACAAGGCUUGUCAGGAAAAGGAAGCUGUUCUUUCUGUUCAGAGAGGUCAAGUGAUAAACCUCACUAUAGAAAAGCCUAAUUCAGGUUGUGCUGUUGAGCGUAAUCCUGGUGGUGAAAGUAUGUAUCAUUGUUCCCGAUACCGAGUCUUUGAAACUGCUCGACCACGUUGGUGGUUUAUUGCUGUUAGCAACUGUGAUUCAUCUAAGGGUUUAAAGUUGAAGUAUCGCUUUGUGCUGACGAACAAUGAGAAAAGUUCUUGGCUUAAACAAUUUUCUGCUGAUGAGUUUUAUAUUUUGCAAACUGACAUCACAUUUGCUGCUGUGUAUUUCCUUUUGAUUUUGGCCUCGUGUUUCGUAGCACAUACUCUUCGGUCACGCCGCCUACUUCAUGUUACAUAUAAACUCUACUUGGCAUCUUUGAUACUGGAGUCAACUGGAGUGUCUUGCUUGUGUAUCUUUUAUGGGGUAUUUGCACAGGAUGGCAUUGGUCUUCCUGGCUUUAAACUCCUAGGAAGGUUGCUUGAAGCAGCAAGUACAAUGACCCUUCUUCUCCUGUUGAUUCUUAUUGCAAAGGGAUACACUAUCACAAGAGGGCGUCUGAGAUCAAUGACAUCAGCUAAAAUAGGAAUAUUCAUGACAUUAUAUACAGUAAUAUAUUCAGCAUUGUUUAUAUAUGAAAAAAAGGUGUUCGAUCCUGGAGAAGUGCUCUAUAUAUAUGAUAGUCCAGCAGGGUAUGGAUUAGUGGGCAUGCGGCUGGUGGGAUGGAGUUGGUUUGUCUAUGCUACUGUUUUUACCUUGUUGCAUUACCCAGAGAAAUCAGCUUUUUAUACAAAACUCUUUCUCAUCUACACACUUUGGUAAAUAAACUGUUCCUAUGCAAUAAAUGCAGUAGAAAUGUAUAACACGUGUAAUAUUACUAUACUCAACUUCCAAGAGAAAAAGAUUAUUUCAUGUAUUGUAAACUUAGUUUUCUUUAUAUCUAUAUUUAAAAUGUUACAUAAAGCAGUAUGUAUUAAAACAAUAGCUAAUUGUGAUCCAUUUAACUGUAACUAUAAACAAGUAUGCUAUGGAUAUGAAAAUUAAUGACAAAUACAGUAUUUACUCAGCAAAAAAGGAAUUAUUUAUGUUUUUUCAGAGACAUUACAGAUAAACAAUUAGAAAUAAUACUUCCUGUGACUUAACGCUUGUAAGAAGAUAGGUAAAAUUUAGUAUUUCCACGUAAGCAUAACAGGAUAUCUUAUAGUGUUAAGUUCAUUUUAUUACAGCCAUUGACAAAAAAUAUUACAUAGUUGAAAAGUGAGUACCUUGUAUAUCUCAUUCAUUUCAUUGUAUAUUAGCAUGAGUAAGGAUUUGAAUGUGGAAGCUAGCAAGUAUUUUCUUUUUUACCAUAUAACCUUUAAAGUGUGCACCCUUAAUAACUUCAGACUAGUUGAAUAUAUAUAGAUGUACUCCAACAGGGUGUUCAAAAGUAUUCUAUUUAAAGAGUAAAUAAAACCAAAAUUAAGAGUAACAUAUAUUUUUAUUUCUUUCUUCUGAAGGUCAUGCUGUGUUGUAUCCUACAGAGUGCCUAAUUUUUCUCAUGAUUCAUGGUAUGCGCACGUUUUACUGACGUCAUGACAGUACAAAUUGCAGUGUUAAACAUGCCUUAUGUGAUGUC